UCACUAUUCAUCAAUAGUCUAAACCUGGCGUUUCUUUCCUGACAAGGAAGGACCCGAAAGGCGAUUCGGAGGGUCAUGGUCGCUGAUGAGACCGCUGCGAGACAGAAGGACGAUGAGGCGGUCGCAGGCAAGAGAUCGAUGGCGGCACCAAUGACGGAAAUGGCAAAGAGGAUGUCUUGGCUCGUCGGCCGCCUUUCGCCACCGCACGUCGUCGAUGCGCGGCAUCUGCCAAGGUACUGGCAGACGACGCAGCUGCGCCGAGAGCAGCCGUGCCAGGCUUCCCAGCAACAAGAUAGUAGUGAGGAGAUCGAGGCCGAAACCGAUCGGACGCAAGGGUCCUCCCCGCAUCAGAUUGACCAUCUGCUAGCAUCGUCAUCGUCGUCGUCGUCCCUGUCCUCAUCUUUUGCCCCGUCGUCGCCGUCAACGAUUGAAGAGAUUGUGAGGCGGUCUCGCAAGCACCGCGUCAUCUUCUUUGGCGAGCAGCACCAUCAGCCAGAGGUGUUGUCCGCCCAGCUCCAGCUGCUCCUCGCACUCGUCAAAGAUCGCCGGCGCGAGCACGGCAAAGAUGCCCGUGUCCAUCUCGUCCUCGAGCAGUUCAAUCUCGUCGAGCAGCCGCUCCUCAACCGGGCUGCCGCUCCCGUGCCAGCCGUGGCAGAGGGAGAGGAGCAGGAUAAGGCGAGAGCACGGCCAGUGUCCUCCCAAGAAGGCUUCGAUCUUCGGCACUACUGGCCGCUGGUUCAGCUUGCCAGGGAGAACGACGUCAAGGUCUGGGCCGGCUUCCCGCCAAGAAGCUGGGCUUCUCUCUUGGCACGAGGGAAGGAGGACUCUACUGCAGAAAGCGAAGAGUACAAGCAGCAGCAGCAGAAGCAAGAUGUCUGGAGCCGCAUACAGCAGCUUGAUUCGGACCGAUUCAUCGAAGCAGAGCCAGCGUCAGACUCUGUCGUUCCACCCAUGCGGGCGGAGCAGAAGUGGUCGCUGAUCAGCCACGUUUCGUGGCCGCAUCGCUCCUACCUCCGAAGUCUCUUCCGACCCGAGGAGCCUGCUCCUUGUCCUCCUGAAAACCUGUCUGUGGCUGCAAGGGCGACCGAAAACACAGUCACGGUGGCUCCACCCGAAGAGAAGACGGGCUUCCUCGCUGCGCAAGCCCUCAAGGACACGUAUCUCGCCCAUGUUGUAGACCACGUCCUCGAUCUGCCCGCUACUUUGACUCCACUCUCGUCAGCGUCUGCCGCCGACAGCAGCGCAAUAGACCAAGUGGGCAAGCGGCACAACGACACCGUGCUCGUCAUCUGCGGAGCGGGGCACUGCGAGUGGGGUUUCGGUGCCGUAGAGCGCCUCAGGGCGAUGCGAGGCCGCGACGCGGAGCAGCCACUGAUUGUCCUGAGCAAGCCUAGAGACUCUCAUCUCUGGGUCCGCGACGAUCACGACGCAUCAACAUCGCCCUCGCAACAAGCGACGACGACAGAGUCCUCGGCUUCACCCUCUCCUCCCUCGCACCAUCCUGCCGGAUGGAACCAGCGCCUGGCUGAUUUUAUCUGCCUGUACGACUGGGUCGAUGUUUGAUGACCUCGAUCAAUCUCAAUUGUAUGAUAGUCUCUCUCACACAUACUCAAUCUAUCGUGAAGGCC